AGCGCCGCAGUCUCGCGUCGUCUGCUACAAUCCGAGGGCGCGCGCGUUCGCGUUCGAGGGGUUGUCGCUGGAGGACGAACUUGACGGCUGCACGAGGGAAGCAUCCGCUGGACAGAGACGCACCCGGUCUGUUACUGUGGCCCGACGCGGUCGUCUCCAAGGCUACGUCUUCCUCGCCGGACAAUUCGGUGCGGUCGUCAAUGUGCGCCACUUGGCUCGAGUGCGUCGAAAACUGCACUCAUCGCGACCCGCAAGCUGCACGAGAUGCGUGCUUCGAAGGAGACAGCCAAGGGCUCGUGAGUCCAUCGUGAUUGGGCCGCGAAACGGAUCGCUGCUGCUGUUGUAGCUGCCUGUUUGCCAAAGCAAAACUUUGUAGCAUUUACGCCAGGCAAGUGACAAUUCGCUCCUGCGUUCUUCCUUCAAGCCGCCUGAUUGACUGUCCGUAUGAUUUGCCGUCUGUAGCGUCUCCCUCAUUGAGCACGUGUGCAAACUUUACCACCGAUUUAGCGUUGGCCAAUAUUCAAGUUGUGGGUGAUUGACUAGCAGCUAUUUUUCGCAGCGUUUGAACCACUAAGUGUUUGUUGCGUGUAAAAGUAGUCGCAAUAUUUCGGCUACCCUCACUGUUCAUGAGUUUGGCCGCUGAGCCAGUGAAUAUAUAAGCCAUAGACCACGAAAGGCAGCCUGUUUAAGAGCCACCUCGUUUCGUCGUAUGUGUCGUUAGCAGCAGCGACAAGAAAAUCUCCCCUUAUAAGCGUUAUUAAAGGGCUUAGCGGCGACUCACACUACGGCAACACGACUCCACGAGCCUGCUUUGUUGACAUCCGCUUCCUGCAGCUUAAUGGUCACUGACACGAGAGAACGAUCCGUGUUCCGUAAGAAACUCUAGCGCUCUCCUAGAUUGGGCAGCGUUUACCUGCGGGUGUAUCUGUAGCAGCCAUCGGGGCGCUAUCGACGGAAGUCUUCGGCUGUCUCGACAAGAGAAGUCUAUUUGAUCGCUUUGAGCUGUAGCUUUUUUCAGUCUGGAGCCCAUGUUUAUUGAGCUGGUCGUCAGGAUAGUGUCCUCAGUAAGAACUGAAAUAAGGCCACUCCGUCUUUAGCGGCCAACGCUGUUUCGGAUCGUUUGAUUCCCUCUUCGUCAAGGUCAACAUCAGAAGCCGAAUCAGACUUCAUAGUUAUCCAGAAUUCUUUAUUAGCUAAGGAAAAAAGAAGGGGCUUGUUUAUUUUAUAGCGCUGAUCGGUUUUGUUCAUUUUCGCUUAAGCCAAUGCUACAAAACAAGACAAAUUUUUAACUUUUCUCAGAACGUGCUGUACAAGGUAAAGUAAAUAUAGAGAAGCAAGUUUAAACUAAGAGUUCUCAGCGAUUUUCUUUAUUUCUCGAAAGCGCGAGCGUUAUGCGGAAAGGUGUCUUGAAUCCGAAGCACUUAAAGACCGACGCUAAAAGGACACUAAUGUUUUGCAUGACGUCUUCAACGCUCGAUCACUGAAGGAAGAAAGCAGCAGAUUAGGAGGUACGAGGGAGGUCAGUGAAGGCAGAUCAUUCUGUUCAUUCGUCGUGAGGCAUUCCACAAACGGCUUACUGCCGGCAGACAUUCGGCCGAGCACUCAGCAUAUCCGUGCGUCAUGAUCACAGACGGAGCCUCGAGCUGUCCACCUGAUCCACCAACGGCGGAAAGCUGCACAAUAGGGCAGCCGUAAGGCAACGUCCUCGAGAAUCGCCGUCUCGAGAUUCCGCGCAGUUCAAGAAACCUCAGCAGCCAAAGCGAUCCUCCGAAACCUCGAGGAGACGACUCUGCCUAGCGACCUCGUGAGAGCAUCGACAGAGGGACACCAGUCUUGGUAGUUUGCGCGUCAUGGAUCGUCGCAAGAAGCUUCCGUUGCGCUUGGGCCUGUCUUCGGCCGCCGUGCCGAGCGUGAAGGUGACGCUGCCGCCCAAGCGCGACCGGUCCCGCUCCCUGUGCGUGGACCGGCUGCCACCGCUGAUCGCGCGCAGCCCGCCGGCCGUGGCCCGGGCCGUGACCCUGGGCAGGCGAUGCUCGGCAUCCGGCACCGUUGACCGCCUUACCGUGAACAGCUGCUACGGACACGGUUCAUCAUCGACUGACCUUGCUGCAAGGAGAGGAGUUUUCAGCAGGCGCCAUUAUGGCUCCGUGGAAAUGUUGGCAUCAUGCGAUGGCGACUCGGAAAACAUCGUUCGUCGAUUUCGAGUCGAGACUGGAGAGCGAUCCGACAAGGAAGAGGCCUUUUGGACGCAGGGAAAGGAUGACGUCUGCCUGUUCGGCUCACCGAGCACGCCCGUCCUGGAGAAUCCAGAGUACCAAACUCGCUGGUACUUCAAGUACUUUCUUGGCAAACUGCACCAGAAUUACGUGGGCUGCGACUCCGAGAAGGCGUGCUUCUUUCUGUCCGUCGUGUUGUGCGACUCCAACACGCAAGGCCUGCAGCAGUACCGUGCCAUCCUCUGGAGGAAAACGGGAGCCCAAAGAAUAUGCCUAUCCCACACGCCGAACAAGCCGCUUACAGUCAAGUCAAUACUGAGCAACUUCGAGACACUGGACAGGAUCGAAAAGGGACCCAAGGAGAUCUUCACGCCUGACAUUCAAAAGGACCUGCUUUUGCUGGAAGAACAAGAGGGAUCUGUGAAUUUCAAAUUUGGCGUGCUGUAUGCUGAGGCUGGCCAAAGCACUGACGAUGAGAUGUUCAGCAACGAAGUGGGAAGUCGAGAGUUCGACCGCUUCGUUAACCUGCUUGGCGAGAAAGUUCGCCUGAAGGGCUGGGACAAGUACCGAGGAGGCCUGGAUGUCAAAGGCGACAUGACGGGCAAGCACUCUGUCUACACUAUCUACGAGGGCCAUGAAAUCAUAUUCCAUGUCUCCACACUGCUCCCCUACUCCAAGGACAACAAGCAACAGGUGGAACGAAAACGUCACAUUGGGAACGACAUUGUGAAUAUAAUCUUCUUGAACGGAAGCUACGAAGACCACUGCAACUUCAAGCCAUCCAUGAUCAAGUCUCAGUUUACUCAUAUUUUCGCAGUCGUGUCUUACAUCCGAGAAGAGGACGCUUACAGGUUGUCUCUGUUCUCGGAAGAGUCUGUGCCGCUGUUUGGGCCGUCGCUGCCAUGUCCUCCAGUGUUCCACAACCACCAGGAGUUCAGAGAGUUUGUGCUUGUUAAACUGAUCAAUGGUGAGAAGGCGGCCUUCAACACGCCAAUCUUCGCCCAGAAGCGGGAGAGGACGCUGGACAUGCUGAUCAAGGACCUCUACAACGAGCACAUGUCGGAGAGCAGGACGAACAUGCUGAACAGGCGUGCAUUCAGUGACGUGUUGCCAGAGACACCCAGAGGUUCGCGUCGCAAGGAAGAGGCCAGACAAGUGGAGUUCGUACGGAUUGGACAGGCCCUGAAGCUGGACACCAUUGUAAAAGGGGAUGCUCCCACCAGUCUCGCCACAACUAGUCUCUUCAAACGAGAACCUUGGGAACCCCAGUGCUUCUACCCAGACUUCCCUCACGAUAUCGUCUGUGGUGACUCCUGGGGUAACAACAAACUGGUUCUCGGGACCGAGUCCGGAAUCUUUCUCAUCGAGGAAGGUCUAACGCAUAGGAUGAUAUUCGACAAAACUGUACUGGUGAAGCAAGUCAGCGUGGUGGAAGCUCACGGCAUACUUCUAUUCAGAACAGACCGAGGAAGAGACAGCAGAGUACACGUAUUUAGACUCACUGACUUUGAAGGUGAAUCGGCAAACUGCCUAGUGCGCACGCGGGCCGACCUCCGGGACCACAAGCUGGAGCGAACCAAAGGGUGCCACCUGUACGCGCUGAGCCGUCCGGGUGGCUCGCAUCUGCGCAUGGCGGCGGCCGUGGGACGGCGGCUACUGGUGCUGCAGUGGCGCCAUUCGGCCGCCUGGACCACGUGGUGCGCCGCAUCGGACACAGACACCGUGGACGGCUUCCAGCUGGUGCGCGAGCUGCUCGUUCCCGAGGCGCCCGCGCUGCUCACGCUUGUCGACAGCCCCGACAACCACAUCUGCGUCGGCUACCGCCACCAGUUCGACCUGGUCAGCGAGAAGACGGGCGACGCCACCCGCCUGCACACCGUGGACGCCGCCAAGGCCCACCUCGUCGCAGCGCUCGACAUCUACGAAGACGACGAGGCCGAGCUCCUGCUCUGCUACAACCAUACAACACACUUCCAGAAGUUGAAUGAUGAGAACACAACGGAAUUCGACUUCCAAUGGAACGCUGUGCCUGACAACAUUGUGUGUGUGUUUCCUUACAUCAUGGCCUUCACGUAUGAGAGCAUUGAGAUUCGGCUCAUCAUCAACGGAAAUCUCGUGCACAACAUGAUCAUGCCCAAGCUGAAGCUCAUCACAUCCAAGAGUGACAUCUUUUUCGUGAGCACCGCACCGGAAUUUUUUCAAGUUCGGAAAGAGCGCAUUAAGGAAGACCGCAUGGAACGUGAUUCCAGCGUGUCACCUCCAUCAUCGCCGCACUGUGAGUCGACGGGUAGCACGGGCUCCAACGACGGUGCAAAGCCGCUGCGAGUGUACCGCAUAUCUUUCAGUUGCCUGACUGGCAAUUCACCCUGCGAGAGGCGGGUACCGACACCGUCUUUGCCGUCACCACAGCCCCUGCUUGCCACGCCGUCCUUUGGGUCGUCUUACCUGUCGCCCGACUUCCAGGAAGGAUCGCGACUGCGGCCGGACGUGCGUCCGAGCCGGAGCGCGACCGCGUCGCCCGUACCCCAAAUGCCGCUCCUGCUGCCCGGAUACCGAUCGGUGUCGCCCAGGCGCCCGGGACUCCACAAGGACCACACGCACUCCGCGAGCUCGGACUCGGGCCUGGGCAAGAGCGUCAGCUCUAGCCCUCCCCCCAGUCCGCACAACCACGACUAGCGCCAUGCCUCCAUGGGCUGCGCCACUCAUCCCUGCGUUCGAGACUCCUUGCUCGCCGGGGCCCGGGCGACAGACACGUCGGCCAAGCCGCCUCUUCGUCCUUUGUUCUUCCUUUCGACGAGACACUCGAUGUUUUCCGUUGACCUUACGCGCUUAACAAGGCGCGUGCUGAUUUGUACUCGACGCGAAGCGCCGAGAGGGGCCCACUUAGACUGCUCCCCGACACGUCUCGUUUGCGCCUGCUCAUCCGCGUGAGAGAAUAUGUGCUCGAAGGCAUUAGAAAAAGCUUGCUAGCAUAUUUUUGGCUACGUUUCACUUCGCUGAUAUAUUGUGUAAGAUCAUGUUUUCAUUUUCGUUGUGUGCCCUGAAGUUGUCUUCAAUGUGCGACACAUUCGCACCGUCUAAAAAAUAACAUAUAGAGCUUUUUGUUUCUUUUUUCUUCAACAUCUGUCAAACUGUAAGCAAACACUGUAGAUGUUCGGCCACAUAUUUUCAUCGCUCAAACAAAAGUCAUAGUGGUGCCGUCCUUUCCUACGUUCGCCCUCUUGAUAUGUGUCAUGGUAUUUCACAUCCGUACGCUCGCAUAUGAAUCACUGUCUGUGCUUUCAACUUUCGGUGACGUUCUGCGUACGUCACACUGUGGCCUCUCAAUACGUGAAUGACUGCCUAUUUUUAUUUUGCCUUAAGCAUCUCGCGGCAGCUUCUCGAAUAGCUGGUUCACUACCAGCCGCACUGGUUUGGGGAGCAGUUCACGUGAGUUCUCUUGGCGCUUCACUGGCGGGACGUCCGUGAGAGGCGUUCGGAAAAGCAGCGCUUCGAACCACUUUUUUGUUCGAAACUGUUUGUGUUUGUCUCGUGCUUAUACCCCACGUAAGCACGUAUACUCAGUGCAAACGGUGUAGUACGCCUCCUCCGAGAUUAGCUGCAGAAUUACCCCUUCACACAUUUCCUGGUUCCAUACGAGACGCUUAAGAUGGCCUUCGAAAACUUGACCGUGGGAGACUGAUGUUUUGGAAACCUAAAAUGUUUCAAAGGGGAAAAAGAAUGAAGUAAGUUUGGGUUUAAAUCGAUGGCCAUAUUUUGUGACAAACCUAUAGGCACACAUGGUUGCGUCAUGUUUAAUAAGAACUUGUCAAAAAAUGUCAAAAAAUAAUGAUGAAAUGUCCUUUAAUAUUGCGAAUUCCUUAGACUACGUCUGCUACCUGAAAAAAUAUGCGUUACUCUUAUGGACAUCCAAGUUGUACGGAUGGAACUGACGUCAACGUCUGUUCUCGCUUCUUAUGCUAGCCCGUAACUUCUGUGCCACUAAAGAUGCGUAACUUGUGCUGCUUUGCUCGCUGCAAAUCCGCAGAAUGGAUUUGUAUGAGCAACAAAGAGUAGGCGAGCAAGUUGAGUUUAAUGUUCAACUCAGGCGAUAGUUCGUUUUCCACUGCAAGCAGCACUUUAGCGUCAUGGUGUUUGUUUUUUUUCGGUGCCGUUUAGCAAGUGAUGCAGAAGCUGUGAUGGGUGUCGUAUCCCCCCGCCUCCUCCCUACCUUAUUUGUUAAAUAUGUACCAGCGUUCACAAAAUCCUUCCUUGCUUGUGAUCCGCCGUUGUUGUGUGACGUGCGCUUGCACCGUUACUUUCAUGCGUGCCGGCGCUGUCGCUGUUUUCCGCGCCGAUAUUGCUGCUAUCUCUACCACCUUUGUUGCUCGAUGUUAGAAGAACUGACGGGGAUGUUGUUGGAUUUCUGCUAGUUUGACUGAUUUGUCAUUGUGCCACUUCAUAACACGCUUUUUUUGUAAUGCGCUGGCAGGCAGUUUAAGUGUAUCAUUUCUUUCAAGAAGCUCACUUUCAUCUAAACACUGUGUUUUUUCGCAGUUUUAUUGUGGGAGCGGUACUCUAUAACCGCUUAAACAGAGAUGCCGCGGGAGUGUAUACACUGCCUUGUAUGUCUUGUAUAAGGUUGAACGGAUCUGCUUAGAUUUUACAUUUAUUCUUAAGAUCCAGACAUGAAAGUGUGCUUUCCGUUUCUUUGCACUUUUUUUCAUUUUUUUGUUUUCGUACUGCCUGUCAUUUUCUCUCGUCAGGAGUAAGGGGAGCAAAUUAUCGCUAUGCGCCAGCAAAGAAGCAAACAAAUGUGUGAAGAACAGUCGACAUCACGGUGGAUUCUGGGCUUGUUCUUGUGCGACACCCAAGUCUUGCUCAUCCUCAAAACGCUGAGGUGUCCGUGCAGGCUAGCUUCAGUCUAGGGCUGCCCAGUAAAGAGGCGGCGCCGCAGUACUCGGGAACCAAGCAGACGCCGAAAUGCGAGGACAAGGCGCCAAAUAUAUCGGGCUUCGUUUCGUUCUCGCGUUGGGGCCCCGUGCUGUCGAGGGGCAACACAAGCGGCCGGCCGGGCAAUAGCGGCACGCAACAUGUCAUUCUUGUCGUCUACGCUACACGCCUCUGUGCGGCGAAACCAAAGACAAAGAAAAGAACAAGUACACAACACCUGCUCAUACCCGUCAUGUGAGUUCAUCCAGUGUAUAAGCCUUACCUUUUCCAUAACAUACAUCAUAACCCAUCAGCAAUUAGCCCAAGACGCUAAAGAAACCUCUCCGGGUGUGUGAUGUGUGACACGACUGCCUUUCCUUCUGGCUUCACGCCACUCGCUGUAUCGACCAACAGUUUGACACGUUAUUUCGUUCACGCUCUAAGAAACUGUAAAGCUGUAUAUACACCGAGGACGUUAUGGCUGUAGAUUAGAAGAUUAAGCUGUCCUUGUUGUUUCCAGAGGAUCACAAAACGCGCCAGCAAUCGUUCACGAGUGGCCGGGCGUUUAAUUGUUGAAGCUUAAACUUCGCGUGACACGCUUCUGCUUGUAAACGCAAACAAAUAAAUGAAUUAAAAAAAGAAAGUUACAUCUCGUAACAGCUCUGCCAACCGAUUAGAGGUACAUGAUUACGACCUCAUUCGCGGGCAUUGGAGAGGCCCGACGUUAUAGUUUUGACGCUUAAUGACGGGUCUUGUUUGUCUUUCGUUGUCUGUGUGACAUAUACGAAUGUUUGAGCCACGGUUACAAGCGCCGGUGUUUAUGUGAGCUCUAUAAUCGUAGCUCUAACUGCGAUUUCAAAACUCGAAAAAGCGCAUACUUAUAGAGCUAACGCAUCUAUAUGUACCGUUUCGAUCUUCAAUCUCGUGAGUUUGGUCCUAAAUAGGGAACGCUCGCAAGCGUUGCAGUGCGUGCGCAAGACUCACUUUAACCUACGAGCACCCACGAUGGCAUCUUCAAGCGCAAAAUCUUGCCAAGACAUCUUUUCCUCUCGUUUAUAGCUUCCCGCCGUAUACUGGUUAAAAUUUAUGCACCCAGGGAGUUAAAUCCCUACCGUUUCAGCCAUUGCACACAUCGCAAAUUUUUCAAACUGCUGUCCCUGUUCUCAUUUGACGUCGCUAUUUUCCUGUGAGUGUAUUCCACACCAAAAGCCUGUUCAUGCUCAAGUGUGUAAACUGCGACAUUCGUGUAAGAUCAGGUAGCUUAGAACAUUUCUUACGUGCAGCUGUGUAAAACUGCGCGUCUACUGUAGCGCCCCCCAAGAAAGAGACCCGCGACCCGAGAUCCUCGAGCGUUAAGUACUCGCACGCUGAAAGACCAUUGGAACAACUGAUGGCGCCGUGUGGGUGUCCUCCGCCACCCUUUGUUCUGAUCUCGCGCUUGACAGAGAAAGAGAAGAAAAGGUUAGACUGAUUACAGACGCAUCCAUUGGGUCGCACAGCUGGCCCAACAAAGGGACAUCGGAAUCAUUCUACAGGUGCUGUAGGAGGGAGAAGGCAAAACAAAUUCGCGCAAAGAGCGCCCGAGCUUAGCGAUGCUCCCACGCAAUGCGGAGGGCGAGUACUGGGCUCGACAAAACUUGUGGACUUAAGGAUGAGUGUACAGUUUGUACAACGUUUUAAUAUAUUUGUAAAACAUUGCACACGUUUUUUGUACAGCGAGGACAAACCAUCGCCACGGUAGCUUUCGGCUCUUUAGUGAUGUAGAGCUCGCGGGCGCGCACAGUCGGCGACGCGAAGCUACUUGCCGCGACGGGGCAGCACUCUGACCGCGGGAUGCCGCGCUGGCACCCCUCCUUUUUUUUGUUUCCGUUUCUUUCCCCGUGGGUAACGCGGAGAAAAAAAAAACAUUGUGCGUACAAAUGAGUGCUUAUUUAUUUUUGUAUGCGUGAUGCAUGUAAAUACACUCUCGAUACCACAAAUGGGCGCAUAUUGUGUUUUAGUUUGGACUCUGGUCAAAUUUGGGAAAUGGGAGGGGGAAAAAAUGAGGAGAAGAUUUUUAAAGAGUACGAUUGACAGCGAAGGUGGUGGGCGAAUAUUUUGGCGCAGUAAAAGAAAAAAAGUAUUUCUUAGUUGUUGUUGUUGUUAUUUUCUUUUCUCCCAACUCCUUGUUCUUGUUGUUUCGAGUGUUCACGUUUCUGUUGCUGUCUCGAAUGUGCGGUACAAGCCUUGAGAGUACAAUUUUUUCGAGUGAUUAACUCCAUCACCACCGCCCCGCAACACGUCGUUGUUGGUUCCAAGCAGCCUCUUCUCCGUGUAGCCAUUAAAUAUAACGCGUACACAGGGUGUCUCUCUUUUUUUUUUUUUUUUUGGUUGCACGAAAAUAUUAAUAAGCUUGUGCUUUCUAUUCGCACAUUUAUCCACGGCACACACUUUAUGAUUUGUGUGACCAUUCCCUGAUAAAGUUACGAGACGUAGUAAGACGUCUUAGUGAACUUGUUUGAAAAGCUGCAGUGCAACCAAAAUGAAGAUCUGUAUGUAUAUAUAUAUAGCAGAUGUAUGUAUAUCGUAUACUCGCCACAUUAAGAGAGCGUCUAUUAGCGCGCUUAUCUUGUCUUUCCUCUCCCAUGAACGUGCGUCCGCGGAUCAUCUCCAAAACCAAAAAGCAUUAUUUUGCUGUCAUGAAUGAAAAACGUUUUGUGCUGUAUUAUAAAGACCUAUGUGUAAUAUCAGCAAUAUAAGUGGAUUUUCGCGGAACUCUCUGCGUUGUCUCGGGCACUAGUUCGUGACUGAGUGAUCGUUCAUCAAUGCACUUUGGUGUUUAACUGACUUGUUUUUAGUUUUGCGUGUUCGUGUUUCAUGUUCUUCUCUUCAGUCGCUGUCAACGUCUAAGAACAGCAACAAAAAAUGGCACUGUUUCAAGGAAAGGAGAUCUAGGCCAACUCAAACAUGAGAACUCGAGAAAAGAGAACUGUGCCGUGUGAAGCCAUAUACACAGUCUCUGAUUACAUUUUUUUUAAUGGUCGAGUUUUCUUAUAAGUGACACGGAUCGAGCCGCCCUUACAUUUUGGCAUGCAUGUUAAGCAGUCAUGGAGGCACACUCGGCUAUUGAAUCAAACAUCUGUACCACUGUGGUGCGGGCAGCUUGCGAGACGUUAGAGCCCUUUUGUGGUUUGUUUUUAUGGUUCACACCACUCAGCCUUCAAGCAAGAACGCAUUCGUGCAUGUGCGCUCCGCUUUGAUACUCGUCGACUGGCGAAGUGAAAUGCUGAGAAGCGUCCUGCGGCAUAGUUCCGCUUAUAAUUUUGAGUUAAACGCUUAAGUACGAACUGAAUGCAGUGCGACUUGGAGGUCAAACGACUAAUCUGUGAACUGAGUAAGGCAUAAAAGCGCUCAGCUAAAACGUCCUAUGAACGUCCGCCGGAACAUGUUGGGACGCUCAUAGCGAGUUCCGUUGUGAACCUGGAAUAAGAAACAACCGCUGCUGGCGCGCUCAAAAAAAGAAAGAGAGAGAGAGAGAGAGAGAAACCGUUGGUCGCGCUGCGUCUAGCAUGCGUCUAGCCCAGAAACAGUUCGCCAGAGCACGUCUCCGUAUUCAUCUUGGUCACAGAUUCAGUCGCUUAGGCAACAGAUAAAGCCACGCGUGCUGACACCUUAGGACGAAUUUUGUCGCCACACAACGUGACAUAGCUUCGUGGUACAGGCUCGCCAACGUCAGUGAUCAGUCGCCUUGGUAAUAUUCGGAUUUCAAUAACCCCAUGGUCCUCAUUUUUAUUGCUGGACUACGACUCUAAGAGAACGAGGAAAAAUUAGAAAAAUCAUCAUUAGGCGAGCAAAGAACUGUUCGGUACACAUUUGCAAAUGAAGUGACUGGCACACAGUGUUACAAUAAGUACACAGGCGUUUCAGACUAAAAUUGACAUGGAAGUAAUUCUAUCUGGCUUCGCAAAUGCUGCAACCUUAUUUGUUAAUCCUGUGCGGCACCGCAACGCUUGCGCAUGCGCGUUCUCCCUACAUGCAAAAAGUAAUGGUUGUUGGCGGGUGUGUAAGCAAAAAAGAAAAGAAAAGCUGUUCUUAGAACGACGUUAUAAUCUAUUUCCUCUAAAUAAGUAUUGCAACAGUUAAUCGCCACUUAAUUCAAGUGACGAUUAUCAAGUAAAAAUCUAAAACCUGUAGAAAACGAAAGUGCAUUGACUUAGUUUCUACAUUAUCUACAUCGCACUAAGUGUUGGAAUCUUGACGGCAAGGGUAAAACUUGCUCAAUAUGAAACUUCUGCUUCUAUUAAAGGAAUCUUAUUGUUGCAGUUCAAUUCAUUUUCCUUUGGGCAUUGUUCAAAUGACCGGAAUGCUAUCGGGAAAAAAACUUUUCAGGCACGUAGGAGUUGACGAAGGCAAGAAUUGGCCUAGGGUAGUGGCCGAAAUAUGGGAGUGGCUGCUUCUCGCGGUUUUGCUUCAGAUAUGACGUUGACCAUGUUCCCACUAUAUCGUUCCGAGCAUUUGUGCAUUAUCAAAAAUCUGCACCUCCCAAGCUUUGUCACCCUUAUCUGGUAUAUGUACAUACGUAUCAGUGUUUUCAUGAUCUUUAUGUUCAUGUUGAUUUGUUAGUGUUUCAAGAAUAAAUUAAUAAAAGCUAUGUUUUGCACAAUA